AUGGCUUUUCCUCCUUCAUUAACGCAAUAUAUCAAGGUGUUCUACAGCUUUUUUGUUAGUCAAUCACAAAACUUUGAUCUUCUGGAGGAUAUCACUACCCCAAAUAACAUUCAUCCACAACUUGAUGAUGAAUCAAUUUCAAGAUGGCUUACGAACAAUAAGAAUAGAGCUGAUCCUGAAUUUAUCUGCCUUGUUUCCCAAGAAUUUACUAGUCUUAUAGCUAGUCAGUCUAAAGAAUUACAUUUCUUGAGAGUAUCUAAAGGUUCAGAUAAUAUCAAUGUACCAAAUUUUAGUAUUUGUACCGGUUUUGAAGAGUUAGUUUCUGGACUUCGAACUUUUCAAAUAUCUGGAAUUUUCAGAGAGGAACAUGAAAUUAACAAUAUUGCUUAUUUAACUUCCAUUAUUUCUAUGAAAUGUCGAAAUAUCGAACAUUUACAUAUAAACCUUUCAUGUUCUUAUGAAUCAAGAAUACAAAAAAAUUUGGUAAAAAUACUAGAUUCUCAGAUACAACUUCGAAAUUUUGAAUGUUACGUUAAAAAUUCUGCAUACUUUCUUCUAAAACUCUCUUAUCAAGCUGAAAAUUUGGUUGAAUUAUCUUUGGGAGGAAUUGAAUAUAACAGCAUAACGAUAUUAUAUCCAUUAAUUUCUUGUAUUAAUUUAAAGAAACUGAAGAUUUUCAAUUAUCAUGAUACUAAAUAUCAUUCAACCUAUAUAGAAUCAAAUCGUUUUCACAAUCUCCGUAUUAGCGAAUUGCAUUUAAUAGGUGCUUCUCUUAACGAGUUAUUCUUUGAAUAUUUAAUGAGGAUGGUACGAAGCUCUUUGAGGAAAUUAGUUUUAGAUAAAAUCGGUGACGAGAAAUUUUUAUCCGUAAUACUGAAAUGUCCAUAUUUAACACACUUGGCUUUAUCUAUUAGACCGGAUUCUCCAAAUCUUUCACGACUUGCAAAUUUAAAUAUAGAACAUUUAAUUCUCAAUGAUUCAACCCCAGAGCGAUUGGAUAAUUAUAUUUUAAAUAAUAUAGAAAGUUUUCCGGAUACACUUCGUCAUCUCGAUCUUCUUAUUCUCAUUUCACCCGAUAUUUUACAAUAUAUUUUGGCAAAAUGUAAAUACCUUGAAACUCUUGGUAUAUAUUUACAACUUCCAAAAGACGAUUCUAAAUAUAUCAAAGUUAUUAUUAGAUAUGCUCAAUCAUCUGGCAGUUUUAGUACGCUGAGAUAUAUUAGAAAUUGUUCUGGUCAAAAACUAAUUCCACUUUCUAAAACAUUAUGUGGAUAUGCACAAAUGUAUAUAGAAAAUAUUGUAAAUGAAAUUUAUCAUCCUUGGGAAUAA